CUCACUUAAAACUGUGCACAUAUAUUUAUAUUAUAUUGUAGAUAUGUUUAUACUGUUUAAUUUGUAUUGUAUUGCACCGACUACGCCAAAACAAAUUCCUUGUAUGCCGUUUCUCAUGCCCAUGAUAUUGUCUCUACAUUCUACCUGUUUAUCACACCAGCAAUAUAAAAAAUAAUCCUGGGGAUGACAAAUCUGGAGGGUUUUUGCAAAUAUGGAGACAGCUGGAAAAUGAUGGAUGAGAUUGACCUGCAGGCCUACUUAGGGCUGCUAAUCUUAGCAGGUGUAUACAGGUCCGAAGGGAGGCUGCAGCUAGUCUAUGGGAUGCUGAGAGUGGAAGGCCAAUUUUCUGAGCCACAAUGCCACUCAAAGUCUUUCACACCUCCUCAAGACUGCUACGAUUUGAUGACCGUGAGUCAAGACCAGCAAGACGUGUGACAGACAAACUUGCCGCCAUAAGAGAGGUAUGGGACAAGUGGGUGGAGCGGCUGCCCUACCUCUACAAUCCAGGACCUGACGUAACAGUGGAUGAACAACUGGUUCCAUUUAGAGGUCGUUGUCCUUUCCGGCAGCAUAUGGCCAGCAAGCCAGCAAAAUAUGGGAUCAAGUCAUGGGUGGCUUGUGAUGCCAAAUCAAGCUAUGCUUGGAAAAUGCAAGUCUAUACUGGGAAGCUGACCAGUGGAUGCCCAGAGAAGAACCAGGGGAUGCGAGUUGUGCUUGAUGUGACAGAGGGACUGAGGGGUCACAAUGUGACAUGUGACAAUUUCUUCACCUCUUAUGAACUCGGACAGCAGCUCCUGAAGAGGAAGAUCACCAUGGUUGGUACAGUUCGAAAGAAUAAGCCUGAGCUCCCACCUGCACUGCUUGCGUCAAAGGAGAGAGAGGUCUUCUCAAAGUUUGCCUUCAUGCCCAACACCACUCUAGUUUCCUACCUCCCAAAGAAAAACAAGAAUGUAGUUCUGAGCACACUGCACACAGACGGUGACAUUAGCGAUCGUGAGGACAGGAAGCCAAUCAUCAUCCUAGACUAUGUGGAGAUAUAUUAUGUGUGUGCAUUAUUAUUAUUAUUAUGUUCAUAACCAGUGUGGGAAAUAAAUUCUAUAACCU